AUGACAAAGCCAUGGGCCAAGAACCGCAAGGAGAUUGUCCGGCUGUACAUCCGCGAGGGCCGGACCCUCCAGGAAGUCAAGGGCAUCAUGAAGAACAUGCACAACUUUGAUGCAUCUAUACGUUCAUACCGCCAGUGGUUCGACAAGUGGGACGUGACCAAGUACAACUGUAAGAAGCGCCAGCAGCGCCGCCGCAUGCUCCAGCAGUGCAUCAAGCAGGAGGAAGCAUGCGACGACCGGCGCAGCAACAGCCCGGCGCCCGACUCCUCCCCUCGCCUCCCCUACCCCAAGGCACUGUCGGUCGCAACUACCGCCAGCCAGGACGAGUUGACCGGUGAGAGCAAGACCCCGGACCAGGUCGCCGAGGCCGCCGCCGUCUCCCGCCUGCCCCUGCCCAAGGUGGUCGAGGUCAGCCAGAACCGCAACGACGUCUCCCCCCAGGAGGGGUAUUCUCCCUGGUACAACAAGCCCAGCUCGCACCGCGAGUGGACUACCGCGACCAAGCCAUUCAACCACAGGAAGCGCCAGCAGCGCCGCAAGCUGCCACAGCAGCAGCAGCAACAGCAGCAGAUCAUCAAGCAGGAGACGUACACCGGCCUCCAGAGCCCACCACUGGACACCCGCCUCCCAUACACCGAGCCGUUCGUCUUCACCCUCUCGGACAAGCCUGCCUGGCACUACCACGAUGGUCGGGUCAAUCCGUCUUGGGUGGACCUGUCUCCGUCGUCGUUGGAGUAUGAUCUCAGUGUCGGAUCCGACACGUCGGGCAUAUAUGAGGGUGGGUCGGCUGCUAUCGAGUUCGCUCAGUCUCGAAAUAGCACUGCGGCGGAUAGGGACCUCAUCAAAUUGUAA